GUGAUAACAUCGUCAUAGAGAAGGUAUGACGACCGGGUGAACGUUUGAAAAGUAUUAGUACGCUUUGGUUGUUGAUUCGUGUAAAGAGUAAUCGAUCUUUUUUUUUUGCUGCUCAAGUGCCGGUCAAAGGUGCCGAAUUCGUGAAAAUUACGUGUAUUUUCUCGACUCUGCCAGCCGAUUUAAUGAUCGCGAGUGAAUGAAUUUAUAUUGUGAUGCGCUUUAAUUCGAACAUGCUGUCGGAGUUGACUGUGAAAAUGUGAUUAUAAAAAUAGAUUCUGGUUCGUGUGUGUGUCUGAUUCAUCUUCCCUUAUGUACUUGUUGUUUGUUACUUCUUGAUAAUCAAAAAACGUGCAUGCUUCUUGGGUUUACCUUCGACGUGCUACGGUGAUGUGUUUUAUGCGGUACGAUCCCCGGAAAAGGAUUUCGUAUUGGAAGAAAAUCGCCGAAAAUGUGAUCGAGUAGAGUUAAAUGAGUAAUUCCAUACCUUAGUGCCAUAAAUUAGCUUCGCGUUAAUUCGCCUUGAUUUCUUCGUGUGGUGCCAUUUAUUCGGAGGGUCGCGAAUGCAACAUGUCAUGAGCGAUGAAGAUAAAAUCACUGAUGCAGAUACCGGAGACGCUGACCCGAUCGGAGUCCAUGCUCAAACGACGCUACAUCCAUCAUCAGGCGACGAUCAUUCGAUCGUAGAAAUAUUGAAAAAAUAUGAUCGAGUUUUUCUACGUAAAUAUUACGAUGUGGUUUCGUCUUCAUCGUUGUCAAACAACGAUGGCGAAAUCGAAACUUCCAACGACCCCCAUGACGAUCGUGUUCUAGAAGGAUGCGGUGAACUGUCCAAAUGUAUGUAUCAUGUGAGAAAAUGCGACAAACAAUGCGUCGAAUUACGAAUGAUAGUACCGGAACUGAACCGAAUUCUAUGCAGCAACAGAGUGAGCCAAAUGACCAAAACUUACAAUGAUAUCGAAGCGGUAACACGGUUACUCGAAGAAAAAGAGAAAGAUAUCGAAUUGACAGCUCGUAUCGGUAAAGAACUUUUAAGCAAUAAUCAAAAACUCGAGAACACCGUUGCGAAUCUUGAAAGUGAAUUAAAAACUGCUAAUGAAAAAAUAACCCAGCUACAACACGAAUUAUUGAAGAAAACUGAACUCAUACAGAUUUUAACCAAUGACGUCGAAGAAUCCGCAUCUGAACCUGAAACUCCAACGGGUCACAUUAACUUUGACGUUUUGCAAAGACGUAUCGGUAAAUUGGAAGAGGAAAAUAUCCAGUUACGAAAUGAAGCGAGCUUUCUUGCCGAACAGACUGAUGAAGUCGAGCAACAAGAACAAAGAUUGGUUUCAGAUUUCGCAUCGCAAUUGGCUACCACUCGAUCUGAUCUCAGCUCCAUUACCGAAGAAGCUGAACGACUUAGAGAGGAGUGUCGAGUUUUCAAAAGACUCUCCGAUAAUCUUACGGAUAAAUUACAGACGACCGAACAAAAAUUAUCUAAGUCGAAGAGUGAAAACGAAGAGUUGACAGCAUUACUGGUGGUGACUCGAGACACCCAAAAUGAACUAGCUAACGAACUAGCCGAGCUGAAAGAUCGGUAUGCCGAAGUGAUGGGCUUACUUCAGGAAACUCAAGAAGCAUUGAAGAAACAUAAUAAAAAAGGUGUACCUACGGUGAGAGGCGGUGGACUGUUCUCCUCGUUGCAAACGUCGUCUUUGAUGUCGUCACAUCACCCUGACUCGUUAGGUACAGAACUGGAAUGCUCGCUGUUCUCUGAAUUGAGCUUAGACUCCGGUAUAAGUUCUGAUAGAGUGCCUUAUUAUAAAAAAGUAUUCGACACGGUGCGUACUGCUUCAAAAAGCAGUAGCAUGGGUAGUGCUAGCCCUACACAACAGAACAGUUACCAUAGUCAAGUAUCGUACGACUCUGCCUCGUCGGUGGUAUCUUAUGAAGUUAAUAAGAGAGAUCGGAAAUCGUAUACUGCUUCGUCUAGUCAUCGAAUAUCCUACCUAUCUGAUGAUUACGUCAUGAGUGACUCGGAAUGCUCGGACGAUUCAGCUUAUCCAGGUGGCCCUAAAGAAGGAAUACCCGGUGCUCCUGGUUCAGCUGAUUUGGCCGAAGCAUUACGUAGACUUACACCUGCGGCUGUCUAUGCCAGAAGAAUGGCCUUAAGUUCCGGUACUUUUGGAGGAGACGCUUUCGAUUUGGAAUGUCGUACUCCAGAUUCCAUCAUGUCGACGAGCAGUUAUUCCGGUGGUGCAUUUAACGCUCAUUGGAAAUUACCAGAUAAACUACAGAUCGUGAAACCAAUCGAAGGCUCGCAAACAUUACAUCACUGGAGUCAGCUGGCGACUCCUUCUUUGGGCGGACUAUUAGACGAAAGACCCGGUAUUAAAACCAGAGGAUGUGCAGAGCUCGAAGAUCUUGGACUGCAUAUUUAUUCAUUGACGGAUGUAGAAGAAGACGAAGAAAUAAUACACCCCGGUAAAAGUUUCCAAGUAUCUGGACACGUGUACACAGCCACCAAUAGCACAGUCAUGCAUCUAGAUGAUGGUACUAGCUUAACGUCGAGCAUACAAGGAAGUCGUAUGAGCACUGUGAGCAACAGUCGAGCCAGUACACGAGCCAGUACAGUACCCGGUACACCGCUCAGAUCGAGACGCAAUUCCACGUGUACAUUUUCAGUUACCUUAGGCUUAGCUAAAUUACUAAACGAACGAGGUAUAACCGCAGCAACACCUUCGACCCUGGUUACCCCUUCGUUUACACCCACCGCCACCCCAUGUAACAGCCCCGAGGGCGGAUCACCUCAAUCGACUCCAUCUCAUUCGCGUUCAGUUUCGCCUUCAGUGGCUCCUUUUUCAAGCGCUUUUGGACUUCCAGGAUUUUUGGUAUCUAGCGGCGCAGAAUAUCUGCGUAAAACGCUAACUGGCGGAUUAGUGGAACCGGUUACGCAUAUGUCGCGAUCCAAAGACCUACGUAGCGAUACCACCGUAUCCAAGUUGGACAAAAAGGGACUAACUGGAAUUCGCUUAGUAGAAACAGUGGAAAAAAUCGGCCUCGAGACGUUAAUCUCGCCUCAAUCCAGCGACUCCAGCGAAAUAGGCGCAAUACCUACGAACGAAUCGAGAAAAGUGGUCACCAAACCAGGCUCGUCGAGGAAUCGACAUUCACUCAGCGAUACAAAAUCCAAAUCUAAACGUAGCGCCAGAGCUAUGCGUCCGGAUCUGGGUACAGUACUAGGUUCAGUACCGACUCCUCCAGUAACCAAAGAAAACACACCCUCGCAAUCAAGCUCCACAUUGGGUACUCUUAGUUCGUUGUUAUUCGGCAGAAAAGGCGGCCUGUUGUGAGCUAAUUCACGUACAAUGACGUCUUUUAUAGUAUAAAUUUACUUAGUCGUGCUGUGAAAUUAUAUAACAGAAUUUUUAUUUAUUUUUAAAGCUUACAUAUGAUUUUUCUUUUUUUUUUCUUCUUUUUGUAAUGCCUGUUUCGUCUAAUUUUUUUUAUUAUUUCAUUUUCCCCCUUUAUUUAUCCACCUCACUUUUCAUGUCCCCUGCCCCGGUCCCCCAAUUGCUUGAAUCUCCGUUUGCAACGUGAAAGAAAUUUUGUAAAUUUCUGUUACAUUUUGGAUCUUUCGUGAUCUAAACGUGUGUGGGUAAUUUGAACGUGAUUUUUUUUUCUUUUUUAAAUUUUUUUUUCUUUCUGUUACCGUCGUUGUAUUUGUUUGAUUGUUGUCGAUGUUAUGAUUACUUACGAUUCGUUUUUAUAGAAUAUUAGUUUCUCGUUCAGAGGUACUCAGUAUUUUCGCCCUUUUCGCUAGAAUCGUGGAAUACCUGCUUUUCAGCAGACGCCAUUAAAAAUGCGAAAUCAGCAGUGAGAUCGCAGCAUUUACUUUUUGUUAUACCGUGUAUUUAGAAUUUAAUUAAUAACGUUACGACGAACAAUCAGCUUUUGGCAACGGUACCGUGUAGUAUUCAUAAAAUCCAUCCGAUUGUAUUGGAAAGAAAUUAAUCGUUUUAUCCCGGUCGAUGUUUUAAAAGUUUUAAUUCAUUCGUUUUAUUUUGUUACGUAUUUUUCCCCCUAUUAUUUUUUUAUAAACUUUUUUGUAGUGUUAUCAUCGUUGUUAGUAAGUUAACUUUUUUAUAUUCAUUUUUUUUGUGUGUGUCUUUUCAAUGAGAUUUGUCGAGUGGGUCAUUUCAACGCUGCAUCACAAAAGUAUACUCAAAAUCCUAAGUUUAUUAUUCGUAUUGGGAAUUUUUCAAUUUUCGAAAUACGAUAAUCAAACAGCAUUCGUAUUUGUGAUAAUUUAACGCCUUUUAUGGUUUAUAUUUCCACGACGAUAACCGAUCCUUUUUAAAUUUGAAGGAUUCGUAGUUGUCGUUUAGUGGAAUUUGGCGCGUUAGCUCAGCUGUAGUCCAUUUUAGCUUAUUCCUGCCUACCAAAGUUUUAAAUUUUUAAAGUAUAAUUUCCUUUUGUGAUAUUACUUCUCCAAAUUCAACACGAGCAUUACAUCGAAGACUGUGUGAUUGGAAAACAUUCCAUAUAAGAAAAGUGCGCGCUAAAUUGUGAUAUUAUAGGAAUGUACGUAAGUAAACUGUUCUUUUUUAUGAAACGCAACAAUAUCGAGGAAAUUUUGCUUUUUGAAAUCUCAUUUGUAAAAAUUUGUAAUUUAAUGAAGAAAGAAAAAACGUGCCUAAGCGAUGCAAAUGUGUAAAAAAAAAAAACGUGCUCAAAUGUGGCAAAAACUAGUUUAUUUUAGUAGUACUGUAAAAGUCUGUUAAAUAUAGCGUUUCCUUGCCUUUAUUAGCAUUCUGACGUUUAGUUAAAUUGCAAGUUUUAUUGUAUACUACGACUUUUUUUUCCCUUUUUUUUUUUAGUUUAUUAAGAUAUUAUACCGUAAGGAAUUCCGAAGGUUGAUGUAAGUUCCAAUUCCAUUUCAAUCGUUUUAUUAUCAUCUUUCCUUAAUUAGAAAAAUGGCGUUGUUGUUUUAAAAGAUGUGUUAUUAUUAAGGUUUUAAUUCUGUUCGAUUUUGUUUUAAAAAUCGAGCUAGAAUGAGGAAUUCUGCGUAAAAGGUAACAAUACUUUUGUAGUUUUUUUUGCGCAAAAUGUUUUAAAAAACGGAGACUGUUACUUAGUAUUGCAGUUACGAAUUAUAAGCGAAAUAAAGUAAUUUUUCGAUAA